CGUUGCGAAUAGUCGACGUGCGUCCUUCUUACGAAACGGUUGUAUCGAUAACCUCUAACGAUUAAAAUUUGUAAAAAUUAAUUUAGUUAUCAUUUGUAAUAUUGUUCGUCUUUAAUAAUCGAAAUAUAAAAUGUUGAACGUCGGAGGAAGACUGACACGAAUUAUUAUUCGGAGUUUCGCUACGAAAUCCGACGAAAUUGGGAAUCUCGUAAAAAAAAAUAAAGUUGUUGUCUUUAUGAAAGGCAUACCAGACGAACCAAGAUGUGGUUUCAGUAAUGCGGUAGUUCAGAUAUUUAGAAUGCAUGGCGUACCUUAUGACGCUCAUGAUGUCCUACAAGACGAAGAACUUAGACAAGGUAUUAAAGAAUAUUCAAAAUGGCCGACGAUACCGCAAGUAUUUAUCAAUGGGGAUUUUGUUGGUGGAUGCGAUAUUUUAUUAGAAAUGCAUAGAAAUGGCGAACUAGUAGAAGAAUUGAAGAAAGUAGGUAUUAAAAGCGCCUUGUUGGAUAAAGAAAAUACUUCUCAAAGCGAAUCUACAAAGUCCAAGGAGUAGGAAGCAAUCUUCUAUGUUGUAAAUAAGUACGAUGUGUGUAUUCUGUUUUUCAAACAGAUAUUUUUUGUUAUAAUAAAUAUUCUUGUUUUCAAUUA